AAGAGCCGCCGGCGGAACGGGGACCGGCCGGGAGCCCCGGGCCGGGAGAGCCUGCGAGGAGGAGGAGGGACGGGACGGUCUGUGCCGCGGCUCCCGGCCCCUCUGCCACUUCCUGGGAAACAUGGAUGCCGGGUCCCUGGAUGCGGCGGUGCAAAGUGCUCUCCAGGCCCUCUACCCGCCCUUCGAAGCCACGGCUCCCACCGUCCUGGGCCAGGUGUUUCGGCUGCUGGAGACCAGCUACCAGGGGGAUGGGCUCUGCUGCCUGCUCCAGUUCCUCAUCCCCGCCAAGCGGCUCUUCGAGCGCCUGCGGCAGGCGGCCUGUGCUCCCUACUUUAACCGCAUCUUUCUCCAUGAAGGCUGGCCCUUGUGUCUGCACGAGAAGGUGGUUGUGCACCUCGCACCACUCAACCCCCUCCUGCUGCGCCCCGGGGACUUCUACCUGCAAGCAGAGCCCUGUGAGGAGCACACAGCGCGUGUCACCAUCAAACACCUCUCCCUGGACCUGCGCUCCGUGGAGGAGACACCUGUCCCUGAGGCCACCCACGCUCUGCUCUUCACCAACACAUGGCUGGAGGAGGUGAACAAUAGCUGGGCCGGAGCUCCCCUGCACACCUGCCUGGUGGCCACCGAGAACGGCGUCACCCCACUGCCAUGGAGCCGGAUUGCCACGCCUGAGUUCACCGACAAGCCCAGGGCUGAAGCUGACAGUGUGCCCGCUGGGACCUGGCACGAAUCUGCUCCUGAGAGUGCACCUGGGACACUUGUGCUCCAUGGCACAGUGAAUGUCCCCACACCCUACAGCAACGUUGUGGGCACCAUCCCAGGCUGCAAGGCCACCUCUCGGAAGUCAAGCCAGGGACGAUACCCAGGACUGAUCAAGGUGGAGCAGGCAGGUCUGCGGAAGAAGCCGGCCACACUGCCUGUGCCCAGCCUCAGUGAAAUCAUCAGCCAGAACCUGGAGGGGGAGUAUGUGGACCUGCUGGAGCAAUCCCAGGAGGACUUGGACAUCCUGACCAGAUCCCUGCUGCCCACCUGCCUUCCAGGGACAAUAAAGGCUGGGGCUGAUGAGAUGCUCCCCUGGGCGAAUGGGGCAUCAGGAGCAGAUUCUUGGCCCUGUGGGGGAGCACUGAGCUCAGAGGAGCGUCCCUGCAGCCCGUGCCUGGGGAGGGAGAUAAGCCAAGAGCCAGAGUCACAUGGGCCAAAGUGCCGCCAACGUGACUCCUACAUGGCCGCGCUGCAGAACCCGGUGAGCUUCGGCUCUGGGCUGCCGGGUCCCCCCAGGCUCCAGCCACAAGUUCUCCUUCCUGAAGGGCACACGGCUUGGGGCAGCCCCUGAGGAUGAAAAAACCAGCAGCCAGCACGAGGGGGCCUGGAAGAAGAUGUCGGCCAUCUACUCGCCCAGGAUGGGCAGAGCCAAGGCAGCAGGGAAAGGUACGAAUGCAGCCACUGCUGCUCCUGUGGAGGAACGGUCUCUGGAAAGUUCCAGCUGCAAGAAUGGUCCCUCUGUGCCCAGCACUGGCCCUGCUGGUCGGGAGCCUCCAGCCUGGCAGAACCUGCACGCUGGGCUGCUGCGCUCAGGCAUCAUCUGCCUGCCAGGGAGCUCGGACAGGCUGGGCAGGGCCCUCCUCCUGGUGACCACCAGUGGCAGUGCCUGGCGGGCUGCGUGGUGCUCAGCUGCCGAGCUGGCAAGGCUCAUCCUCUGCCUCUGCUCCCUCCCCAGGCAAGAAGUGAAGAAUGGUGAGAGGCGAGAAGCGAAGGAUGCUGGGCUGACGGUUGUGGUGGAUGCCCGGAAGCAGCCGCCCGCUCCCGUCCUGUUCUCAGCCCUCCGCUCCGUCCAGAGUGUGUCUCCAGGCUGUAUUCACAGCUUACUGCUCCUGGCUGAGAAGGAGCUGGUCUCCCACCGUGAGAAACUGCCUGGGGUGCAGGUGGAGAUCCUGACAUCGCUGAAGGCUCUGGGCCGCCACGUCGACAGCUCCCAGCUGCCCCCAGAGCUGGACGGUGCCUUUCCCUACUGCCACGGCGAGUGGGUUCAAUUCUUCCAGAAGCUGCAGCCCUUCACAGCCAGCCUCAGGCGGGCAUCGGAGCUGCUGCAGCACUGCAUCCAGGAGCUGCGGAACACCAACGCACUGGCUGGGACUCAGGAUGCGGCUGCAGGCAUCAGGAGGCACCAAGAGCUGAUGCAGAAGGUGCUGAGUGACGCUCAGCUGGGGCGGGUGCAGCGCGAGGGAGGGUUCCUGCUGGCCCGGCUGCGCAGGGAGGCCGCCCGCCUCUGUGCUUCUGAUCACAUCAGGAGCGGUAUGGAGUUGGCUGAGGGGCUGUAUAGUCAGCUGGAGGAAGAACUUCACAGCCUCGUGUCCCAGUCCAACAGCUGCCUGGCGCGCCUGCAUUUCCUCCGCAAAGUCCGGGAGCUCGAGGCUCAGUUUGGCAAGCUGGGGUCCUGGCUGGAUGGGGAGGCAGCAGCUCGGCUGCAGGAGAUGGGCACCGAGGACUGGAGUCCUGAUGGCUGCCAGGGCUCCGCUGAGCACUUCAAGGAGUUCCUCACCCAGGCCACAGCUCGGUAUCAGCAUGGCCUGACCCUGUGCCAGGAGGCAGCUAAGAUCCGAGGCCGGAUGUUCCCUGAGGCAGACGCCCUCCAAGUGUCUGCAGCCCUUUUCCAGUCAAAGCUGAUGAGCUUCUCCCAGCAGCUGGAGCGGCGGCAGGCAGAACAGGAGCUGCUGCAGGAGCUCGUCCGGUUCUCCAACAAGGUGGCAGGGCUGAAGCUGGACUGCCAGCAGUGCUCGGCCCGGGCGCAGCGUGGGGAGGGCCAGGCACUGCGCUGCCUCCAGAGAUCCUUCCAGAAGCUCUCGGUGGAGUUCGCCCUGGAGAAGCUGAAGGAGAUGAAGGCUCAGGUGCGCAGGAUGCAGAGCAGCCAAGGGUUGGCAGCCUGGACAGAGGCACAGCACAAGUACCAGGAGACCCGGCAGACUCUGGAGGAGAUGCUGGCAGAACUGCAGGAGGCCUGGGGAGCACAAGCUGACGGGCACGGAGACUCCUCCAGCCCCCCCAGCCCAGGCUCUGCAGCUCCUCACAUGGAAGUCCCGGUGUGCAGAGCAGCCCCCAGCCCCGAGCCAGCAGUGCUGGGGGGCAGGGGGUUGGCAGAGCAGCCAGAGACCAGCACUGAGGGGCCAGGACAGCCCCAGGGGCCGGGACAGUCCCAGCCCAGCACCACUCCUGCCUCCACGCUGGGUGUGGAGCAGAGCUCUCUGCAGCCCCACUGCCAGCUGGAGCCUCAGGAUGCCCACACCUCUCACCACCACGUCUCUGCUGACACCCCUCAUCCCAAACCCAAGAGCAAAUCCAGCCUGGGAGCGACAGGACACCUCACCCAGGAGCGCAGCCAGCCCCGUCGGAGGCGUCCCGUCACCCUGCCUCCCUGGACACGCUUCCCAGGAGCUGACCCACCGUGUCCUACUGCCAUGCCCCAGGGGACUGCCUCAGAUCCCAGCACAGCUGGUGCACCAGCAGGGCCACAGCCAGAAGCUGCCCAGUACUUCCAGAUUUCCAGCCAGAGCAGUUUCUCCUCUGAAGACUCAGAUUCACAGAACUCCAUGGAAGAAGCCCCAGCAGCAAGCCUGACUUUGCCCGGGGAUGUCCAGAGUCCCAGACCACCCUGCCCAUCUGAAAAGGGCCACCAGAUCAUUUACCUGGAGAACCACCACAAUGAAAGUUCAGCUAAAGCAAAUGCCAAGUAACCAGUUCCUCCAGUUGGGGCUGUUUCUGUCCAGCUACAUAAGUUUUGAUCACAGACUGAAUGAGACUUGCCAUGCUCAGAGGUGGGAUGCUGGAACUUCUUACCCCACCCUCAGUCCCAGAAUCUUUGGUUCCCUGUUCUUAGUGUUCUACCUGCCAUGGAUCAGCAGUAAUUCCAUCACCAGCUCACAGGGCUCAUUCACAAUCUACCAGAUGUGUAGCAAUCCUCCCAUGGAGUGCCUUUAUCCCUACAAGUGCCAGGCUUGUCUCAGGCAGUGGGGAGGGUUCCCACAUUAGAAGCUGUGCCUGGAGCAUCCCAGGGGAGUGCAGACCUGUGAGAUGUUCCUGUCACUCACUGUACUCCCUGCUCACUGGAUGAUUUUACCAUCCCUGUGCUGCUGCUGCAGCCCUGGCUGAGCCCCAGCAGUGGGCCCUGGGUAUGUGUGUGCUCAUUAACACAGGACUAACUCCAUUAACAUUAAUAAACCUGAAGAGAAGCACCUGGAUGGUCCUCAUGGAGGAGAAUGAGAAGUUGUGUCCCCAGCUGCUGGGGUUCCGGGUUCCAACUGCUCCCACCACCCCAGCACAGUGCCCACAGGCACCUGGUGCCACCAAGAAUGCCCCCCGUGCCCUCUACAUGGGCUGUGCCCACAGCCUGGCUCUGCUACUUGCUGCCAGCACCUUGGCCUUGCUCAAAAGACCCUUUUGUAAGGGUUAAGUGCCUCAGUCUCCUGUUCUCCCUCCCAGUACAUGAGCACAGUGGUGUCAUCCUGCCCAGCCUCCCCACUCUGUUUUGGGAACGCGCUGUCCCGAAGCCUUUGGGACCCGUUUGCUCUGGGUGCGACCCUGCCGAUCCCAGCCCAAGGCAGCCCGAGCUCCCCAGAGACCCCGUCCCUGCAGGCACAUCCCUGCUCUGCCUGUUGGGGCAGCCGGGAGGGGGGCGCCGCGCUCCUCCUGUCUGGGUCAUUACUGACGGGACCGACCCCGGCCCUGCCCUGUCUCAGCACCUCUGCCUGCCACCACUCCUGGCCCUACACAACUGUCUGCUCUUUCCUUGCCCCUACGAUUCUUUUAGACUCCAUCUUCCUCAGCUCGACACGGAUUUACCUACUGACAAUUCUGUCCCUGCUCCACUGAAAUCCUGGUCACUGACUCCAUCCCAUUCCUUCUGGUUGGAAAGUCAUCCUAGAGAACCUGGACAGGUGUGCACAGCCUGUCCUGUGGAGCCUAGAGUUCGUUCCAUUCUCCAAUAAUGCCACAUCCUGAGUGUCACCAAGGUCCCUGAGCCAGGACAUUUCUACCUCUCCAUGGUAUGUCCCUGCUCCCCAUCCCUGUGCCCUACAGCUGGGUGUGCCCAUGUAGCCAAUGCAAGCUGUGCCCACCUGGAUGGGACCCAGCUCACUGCCAGAGCCAAAAACCUUUUCUCCCUCCGGCAUCAUUCCAAGCCAAGACUGACAGUUCCCUUGCUCAAUUUUCCACCCUAUUGAGAGCUGAUCUGCUGUAUCCCCCCCCCAUUACAGCUUUUAGGUUGGAGAAAUAGCACUUUCCAGUGAAAAGGAGAGUAAUUUUUCAAACCAGAUGGAAUUAUGAUUCUUCUGAAUAAAGCAAACAAUGAC